AUGUCGUUUGACCGCGUGCAGCAAUGGCUGGUCCACGCUGAGUCCGUCCGCGCUUCUCAGAGCGAUAGUCGGGAUGAUGACAGGCCUAAGCACAUGGAGACGCUUACCCCGCCAUCCACGUCGGUUCCCUAUGUUAAGCCUACUGUCAAAAGAAAACAUGAAUCGCAAUUACCGGCGAUGGAGGCCCCCAAAAGACAACGACGCGGCGCAAAGGGCUCGGAGAUCAACGCUGUAACUUCUGCAUCCAUCUUUCCUCUGCGUGAUGACCUCACUCUAUCCCCGUCCGCAUCGGCUACUAGUCAGUCUCAAUCGCGUCAGCGAUCACCCAGCCCAGCCCGACACAAGAGGCUUCUAGAGUAUGCAACACCGAAAAUCCGCUAUCUUUCCGAGUAG